CUGUCAUAUGUGUGAAAAGUCAGCGACUCUUUCUCUUUCUACUUUCAUCUCUUUCUUCCAAACCCUAAAAACUGUCUCUUUCAACACCCCUCAAGAACUCAUCUCCACAUGUAAACAAAAAAGUAAAAGCAACAUCAGCUGCAUCUUCAUUCUUCAAACCUUCACGUCUGUUUGGUGCAAAAACCACAGAAAUCUGGUUGUUCAUAGCAAAUUUUUCUUGAGGUUGAUUCUUGAUCUUCUUUCCAUUGGUUGACAAUGGAGAACAACUAUCUUGGUGAUUUAGCGGAUAUUUUCCGGCCAGGCAGUGUAAACUCCGGCGAUCCUCCGGGGGUUUCAGAUUGGCAAUACUUUGAUCAAUCUGAUCAAGAACCACAGAUGAUCCAAAAGUCAACAAGAAUCCAUGAUCAAGCUGGUUUUGGUCAACCCUUCACGAGUCUUCUUGCAGAUCCACUCGUUCAUGAAGGAACUUCAAUUCCAUGCUUCUUUGGAAACAGUUUAGAUGAACUUGAACAACCUACUCCAGCAGCAAGAACACCUUUAGGGUUUGAUCAUGAUCGCAAGAUCAAGGAUAACCAUAACCAUAACCAUAAUCAUAAUAUAUUUUCAAAGAUGCUGCAGAUUUCACCAAAUGCUGCAAAGUCAACUUUUUCUUCAAAUAAUGAUAUCAUCACAUCUUCUUCUAAUUCUUCUUCUGCUGCUGCUGCUUCAUCAAAACGUUGCUUGCUGGAAACUUCCUCCACCACCUUACAGAUCUCAUCCCCGCGAAAUCCGGGCAUCAAGAGAAGGAAGAGUCAGGCGAAGAAAGUAGUGUGCAUACCGGCUCCAGCACCUGCAAAUAGUAGACCCACCGGCGAAGUGGUGCCGUCGGACCUUUGGGCCUGGAGGAAGUACGGCCAGAAGCCUAUUAAAGGGUCUCCAUAUCCAAGAGGCUAUUACAGAUGCAGUAGCUCGAAGGGUUGCUCAGCAAGAAAACAAGUGGAAAGAAGUCGCACAGACCCUAACAUGUUGGUCAUCACCUACACCUCUGAACACAACCAUCCAUGGCCUACUCAAAGAAACGCCCUCGCCGGCUCCACAAGAACUCCGCAACCACCAAAGUCCACCACCACCACGGAACAACCACCACAAAUAGAAACAACAGAAGAUGAAGGAUCAACCCUAGUGGGGGUAAGGCUUGAGGUGAAAGAUGAAUUACAAGUAUUGGAAGGAAAUUUUCCUGCUCAAGGGUACCGACCGGAGUUGCCGGAUCAAGGUGGAGGUGGUGGUGGUCAACCGGACGAUUUCUUUUCAGGUUUAGGAGAGAUAGAGGUUGAUCCCAUAAGCAUGUUGUUGAACCAGGGUUUCUUGGGUGGUGAAGAAGAAGCAGAAAAUUAUAACAAGGAUUUGGAUCCUUUUGGUUGAUAUUAACAAACAAAAUUUGGAUUGAUUAAUUUCCCCAAAAGAAAUUUUAUUCAUUUGGUGUUGUAUUAUCGAG